AUGUUGGCCGGCCCUCCACGCCUCCUGUCGGUUGUCUCCGUCGCCGUUGUAUUGCUGCUAGGCUGGUGGUACAUCAGCCUCGUCCACACCACUUCCUCAACACCUCUCAAGACCGACCAUUCUCCUCCGCCAAAGUCGCCCAAGAAGAACACGGGAUUCAGAGCUAGCGUCGACCCUCUCGACUUCAGCAUCCCUCUCAUAUUCACGCCUGGAACGCCCAAGCCCGCAGGCUCCAACUACUCGCGCAUCCUCGUCCUACCCAAGACCAAAGACGAAGACAUCCACUGGAUCCAUGCCGAGCUCCCAGAAAUCCCACUCGCCGUCUACCAGGUCGACAAUGACACGGCCGAGUACCGCGUUCCCAAGAACAAGGGCCGGGAAGCAAUGGUCUACCUCACCUACCUAAUCGACCACUACAAUGACCUCCCCGACACCAUCAUGUUCUUCCACUCGCACCGCUACGCCUGGCACAACAACAUCCUGAUGGGCCUGGACACCGCGCAAGCCAUCCGCCGCCUCAACGACGCCCGCGUCGCACGCCUGGGAUACAUGAACACGCGCUGCCACACGGACCCAGGCUGCCCAGACUGGAUCCACAUGGACCGGCCCGUCGUCGACUUCGAUGACUUCCACAAGCCCGAAGAGAAGUACUACCGCAAGGGCGUGUGGGACGAGCUACACCCGGGGGCACCCGUGCCGCCAUCGCUAUCCGCGCCGUGCUGCGCGCAGUUCGCGGUGAGCCGGGAGCGCGUGCAGCAGGUGCCGAUUGAGCGGUUCGUGCACUACCGCAAGUGGCUGCUGGAAACGAGCAUGGAUGACCAGUUUUCCGGGCGCGUGUUUGAGUAUAUCUGGCAAUAUAUUUUCACCGGGAAUGCGGUGUAUUGUCCGGCGGUGAGCUCGUGUUAUUGCGAUGGGUAUGGAAUCUGUUUUGGCAGCGAGAAGAAGACGCAGCACUGGUUUGAGGUGAUGGAUGAGCGGAAUAAGUUGUUUGAGGAGUUGAAUGGGCAUAAUAAGGAGAAGGAUAAGGCGGCGGAGGAGGGGAGAGCGUUUGAGUUUACGGAGGAGGUGAAAGCCAGGAUGAAGGAGUUGGAGGAUAAGAUUAGGGCGAUGGAUGCGGAGAUGAAUCAGUCGAGGGAUGCGGCGUAUGAGAGGGGAAAGGUGCUGAAAAAUCAGGAGGCGGAGAGAGAGACGUAUGAUGAUACUCAUAUCUGGGAUAAGGUGGAGCAGAGGUGA